UGCCACAUUCAGAUGACCGUGCUUCUUGGCUCAGCCCUUUUCAACGGUUAACUGGAGUGCGGGAUCUUGAGGGGUGUCACGCAAGGAAUAAUAUGGCUUCCAAGCGACAAUGCUGCAGCUACGGCGUGUGUCAGUAGCAACUUUGAUUGCACGUGCCUUUGGAUGGCAGUUGCGGUGUUUGGUGUUGAGCGCCUCGAGGUUUCAGCACAUUCUGAACGAUCCUGGUCAGACCAGCAAGGCCUACGCAGGUCAUGCUGGCCGCGCACUGUCGUUGGUGUGUGCGAAGCGCCGUGGAACGAUCCUGCAAGAAUUUUGCAAGAGAUGCUGGCGCGAUUAAAUCCGCAUAGCACAAUCGAAGAGCCUACCCAAGGGACUCGCAGCAAUGGGGCUCGCAGGUCAGCCUUGGAGGCAGAUUAUGAUUUCACCUUGGAUGUUCGCAAAAUUGAGUGCAAAAGUGCACAGAUGUCUUGGGACAAGUUUCUGAAGUGUUGGCGGGUACGCUUUUGUGCCGUCAAGAUGCCAUGGCCAGGUUUUCGGGACCAGGCUCCAUUUGAUGAUUUGUAUCUCACAGUCUUCAGCCCAGAUAGCCUGCACAUCAUCAAGCAUGAUCUUCAGGCUGGAGUUACAACGGCUGGCAAGCGAACAGGAAGCAGUGGUCAUGAGAUUACUGUCCGAGGUGCUCGCGGACAAGAAUGCUGGCAAACUGCUCUCUCUCAAAUUCUCGACAAGUUUCUGGCUGCAGGGCACUGCGAACUUGUGGCUCGCAUAGAUUUAUCAGCCACGAAAGCAAGGGCCUUUCUGGCACAGCAAAUGGAAGGAUUGGCAACACGCCAGGACACUGAGUACGAGGGGGUGCCAUUGAGCCAAAUAACACCAGCACUACGUGGCUUGCGAAUUGAAGAAAUAGCGUUUGAAGUGGAUCGAGUGCUCUACCCAAAUUGUAUCUUUUCACGAACUUCUUCCAAAGUAGACUGGUUUCGUGGAGAGGUCAGAGUGGAAGUCAAGCAUGGGAUGAUGCGGUUCGACAAAGGGCACAGGCGUUGGAUGUGUUCAUUCAGAAACAUCAAGUGUGACCUGUUUGACGAACUUUGGCUUGCAAUCUACAGCCCUUUCGGUAUUCAUUUUCUGAAGCAUCCUGGUGGCCAAGUCCGUUUCAGCCUCACAGGUUUGAAGGAGGAAGCUCGUGGAAAGGAAAUGCAUGUCCUGGGCAGCCAGCACCUGCUUGAUGUGAGGGAGGCCCUUGACGACAUGCUCAAAAAGAUGGAGGAAUGGGGCUGCCAACGGCUUGCAACAAUUCUUUGGUGAUUCACGUGCAAAAGCUGCCCCUUGCUUUGUUUUCCGGCAGCUGCGCUGCUCCAACCAAGC